AUGGAGUUCGAAAACGUUAACAUCAUCGGUCUCCUUAACCCUCAAUCCGUAAUCCUGUCCCUAUUCCUGGGCUACUUGGCCUACUGUAUUUCUCUCGUCAUUUACCGGCUCUGUUUCAGCCCGAUUGCGCAUAUACCGGGGUCUAAGCUGACGGCGGCGACUGGUUGGUACGAGACAUACUUGGACGUGUUCAAAGGCGGCCAAUUCACCUUCCAGAUCGAGGAAUGGCAUCGACAAUAUGGGCCAAUUAUUCGAAUCACACCAUGGGAAGUUCAUGUCGCCGACCCGGACUUCUACGAGGUCCUCUUCAACAACAAAACCCGGUAUAGCAAGAUCGAGAAGCUCCGAUACCGGUUCGGACUGCAUCUGUCAUCCUUUGACACCAUCGACCAUGCCCACCAUCACCUCCGCCGCUCCGCUAUAUCGCCCUUCUUCGCGAAGCAAAAGGUGGCGGGGUUCAGCCCGCAGAUGCAGUCCAUGGCGGACAAGAUGGUCGAUCGGCUGGCGACCGAGUAUAGCGACAGGGUGAAACCCGUCAACAUGAAUGAGGCGUACGCGGCUUUCGUGUCGGACGCAAUCAACUACUACACCUUCGCUAUCUCGUACAAUUUUAUAGAUUAUCCCGACUUUGUCACGCCGUUCACGACUUCCAUUAGAAAGCUGGCCAUGUCUCUCCACAUGGCGGGCCAUUUUCCCUGGCUCCUGACGUUAUUACAAACGCUCCCAGAGUCGGUCACACAGAAGCUGAACCCGCUGAUGGUUCCCGUCUUCCGUUUUCACAAUGAAGUUAAAGCCCAGAUCAUCAAAGUGAUUUCAGGUCAAAAUAACGCCAACAAAGAGGUAAAAUAUCGUACCGUGUUCCACGAACUGCUGCAGUCGAAUCUGCCACCCGAUGAGCUGUCCAUCGAGCGCCUGAAGCACGAGGCGGCCAGCAUCACGGGCGCGGGUAUCGACACAACCAAGACGACAUUGGCGCUCGCGACGUUUCACAUACUCGACAACCCGAGCGUUCUGAAGAGGCUGCGCGACGAGUUGAAGACUCGGAUCCCCCGCGCCAACGAGCCUAUGCCGCCCCUCCACGAACUAGAAAGUCUUCAUUUUCUCAAUGCAGUCGUGCAGGAAUCUUUGCGACUCGCGUUCGGCAUCACACAGCGUCUCUCUCGUAUCAGCCCAAACGGCCCCAUUACAUACGGGUCGUACAUGAUCCCACCCAACGUGCCUUUCAGCAUGACCUCGUACCUACAACACCGCGAUCCCGGAAUAUUUCCCGAUCCUGAUGUCUUCCGCCCCGAAAGGUGGUUGGAUAACCCAAAGACAAGGUCCGGCAAGCCAUUGUCACGGUAUCUGGUACCAUUCGGCAAGGGGCCGCGCAUGUGCUUGGGGAUGAACUUUGCCAUGGCGGAGCUGUAUAUCGGGCUGUCCACGGUGUUUCGGAGGCUUGAUAUUGAGCUCUACGAGACUGGAAGGGAUGCUGUUGAUAUGGCGGCCGAUUAUUUCGUGCCUAUUCCAAAUGAGGGGACGGAGGGCGUUAGGGUAAUGGUCGUCGGGUCUAGUGCGUAG